AUGGGCUGGUGUCAGCGUGGGGUACAGAUGCUGCUCACCACCGUGGGCGCGUUCGCCGCCUUCAGCCUCAUGACCAUCGCGAUCGGUACGGACUACUGGCUCUACUCCCGGGCUCACGUCUGCAACGGGACCAACAUCACCCAGGACGAGAGCCAGAGCCAGACCACAAAGAGCAAGGGCGACCUCACCCACUCGGGACUGUGGAGGAUCUGCUGCCUGGAAGGGCUCUACAAAGGAAAUUGUUUCCGAAUUAAUCAUUUUCCAGAAGAUAAUGACUAUGACCAUGACAGCUCCGAAUAUCUCUUACGGAUCGUUCGGGCUUCCAGCGUGUUCCCCAUCCUGAGCACCGUCCUGCUGUUACUGGGAGGGCUGUGUGUGGGCGCCGGGCGCAUCUACAGUAAGCGGAAUAACAUCAUCCUCAGCGCCGGCAUACUGUUCGUGGCAGCCGGGCUCAGCAAUAUCAUUGGGAUCAUCGUGUACAUCUCCAGCAAUGCCGGCGACCCCAGCGACAAGAAGGACGAGGAUAAGAAAAAUCAGUACAACUACGGCUGGUCCUUUUAUUUCGGGGCGUUAUCCUUCAUCGUGGCAGAAACUAUAGGGGUCCUGGCCGUGAAUAUUUACAUCGAAAGGAACAAAUUACUGAGGUUUAAAUCCAGAAGGGAGUUUAUUAAAGCCUCCUCGUCGUCCCCCUACGCCAGGAUGCCGAGUUACCGGUAUCGGAGGAGAAGAUCCAGAUCCAGCUCGCACUCGACAGAACCUUCCCCAUCCCGGGAAGUGUCACCCGCCAGGAUCCGCGCCAUCCCCAUGGGCGAGAUCUCCAUGUACACGCUUUCUAGGGAACCCCUGAAAAUCACGACAGCCGCCAGUUUCAAUCCCGAGCACGAGGCCAGUUUCCUGCAGGUUCACAACUGCUUCCAGAAAGAGCUGAAGGAAGGACUUCACCUCAGCGCGGUCAAUCGGAGGACAACCCCGGUGUAACCGGCUGUACGGAGAGGACGGUGACUUUCAUUGGUGGUUAUUAUCCCUUAAGUGCCCCAAUAGUCACCAAGUGUACACAAGGGCAGGACCCGGCCAGUAUUAGUAGGGUCUACAGAGCAACGGUGACAAUGUAAGAGUAUGUACGGAGCAGAGAAGGAUCCGGCACUGGUGGAAGGGAUACAACCCACCCCGAUACCCGAAGUCUGUGUCCGACUGUUCCGUAUUUUGAUUAUAAAUACGUGCCGUGUGUCAACAAUCACCCAAA